UCCCCUCUUCAGGUCGGCGAGUGAGAACCACAGGCAGGACGAGGAGCAGGAAGACGAGAGCUACUCCCGGGAAAUGUCCAGGUUCUUAGCCAACGCCAUGGCCAAGCCCCUCCCGCAGACUCCCGAGAACGCCCUGCACAAGCACCACAACAACAGUGCGGACGACACCCUCCUGGCCCUGAACGUUCGGCCGGCCCUGCGGAACGGGCUGGAAAACAGCCUGGAGGAUGCUUCCUACCACGAGGAGUCCCUCCAGGAGGACCAGGACAAGGAGAGCGAAGACCAGCUCCAUCCCACCCAUCCGGCAGGAAUUGUCCUGACCCGUGUGGGCUACUACACCAUCCCCUCCCUGGAGGAGCUAGCCAGAAUGACCAGUGACACAGGAGAAUGCAUCGUGAUGGACUUCACGGUCGGCCGUAAAGGCUACGGCUCCAUCUACUUCGAGGGCGAGGUCAACCUGACCAACCUGAACCUGGAUGAGAUUGUGCACAUCCGCCGGAAAGAGGUCAUUGUCUACCCGGACGACGAAUUGAAGCCCCCCAUCGGGGAGGGCUUGAACAGGCGAGCCGAGGUCACCCUGGACGGAGUUUGGCCCACGGACAAAACCUCGCGCUGCUUGAUCAAGAGCCCAGAACGGCUGACAGAAAUGAACUACGAAGGCCGGCUGGAGGCCGUCUCUCGGAAACAGGGAGCCCAGUUUAAGGAGUACCGCCCCGAAACCGGUUCAUGGGUAUUCAAGGUGGCCCACUUCUCAAAGUACGGCCUGCAGGAUUCCGAUGAGGAGAGCGAGGAGAGCCUCGCCAAAGUGGAGGCCAAGAAGUUAAAAACUGCUCCGGUGCCCCUGCCGGGCCAGCUGAUGUCUCCGCAAAUGGCUGCCGCUGGGAAGUUGGCGCCUCCUUCCAAGAGCCCCGAGGCUGACCACCUGGGGAAGGGGGUCGAAUUCGACAGUGACAUGGCCGACAUCACCCAAGAGCUGCUCCCGGAUUCUCUGGCGGAAGAGAAUCUGGCGGAAGAGCAGGAGCCGGUGCCGGCCUCGACCCACAUUGCCUCCUCCCUGGACAUCAACCCUCACACGCUGCAGAUCAUGAAGGCUUCUUUGCUGGCGGACGAAGAAGAGCUGGACUGGAUGGCGGAUCGGCCGUUUGGCAAGCCAGCUGCGGAAUUGGACCGUUCGCAAGAGAUCUGCUCACCCAGGCUCCCCAUCUCCUCCUCCUCCUCCUCCUCCACACGAGGAUGGAAAAGUCGCCCCCCAGGUAGCCGGCUGCUGCAGUCCAGACCCUCCACGGGCUCUUUCCUGCUCCCAAGCGCCUCCCUGCAGGACCGCCGCAGCCCGAAGACUUCCUCCCUGGGUGGGGCUUUGCCCGCCCCCCCCUGGGCUGCCCUUUCUCCCCUGGCCUCGGCCUUCGUCAUGCCGCGCCCGGCUCCCGAGGCGCCCCUGAAGACUGUGGGUGUCCGCAGGCAGCCGGGCCUGGUGCCCCUGGAGAAGUCGGUGGCCUACGGCAAAGGGCGGCUGCUGAAGGACAUGGCCCUCUUCAUGGGACGCUCCUUCCGGGUCGGCUGGGGGCCCAGCUGGGUUUUGGCCCACGGCGGAGAGCGCUUGAGCCCCCGGAGCGAACCGGACGAUCAUCACGGGGAGGCCGCAGAGUACGGAUUCUUGCCAGCCCCCAUGGCACCGAAGCAGUACGUCCUGGCUCUGCAACGCUGGGGGUGGGGAGGGAAAGUGCCCCCCCCCACGCCCCUCCCAGUAUAG